AUGUCGACUCAAGGUCUCCUUGCAAAGGGCGUUCCCCCUCAACCCCUCUGGCUCCUCUACAUCAAGAUCGCGAUUUUGGUGCUCUCACUCGUCACACUCGCUCUCGGUGCUUGGGCCGUAUCAAUCUUUGGUGGCUAUGCUGGAGGAUAUGGUGGCCCAACUGGCGCCGGUGGUCUUGUCAUCUUCACAGCUAUCUGGUCCUUCAUCGUCUACGGCGGCGCCGCAGCCAUUGAGAUCUGGGCCCCUCACUUCUUCUAUUGUAUCGGUGCUCUGGUCGGUUACAUCCUCCACAUCAUCUUUUGGCUCUCCGCCUGGGCCUGGUCUGCCAGCGCCGCUUCCUUUUGGCUCUCAUACACGUAUGGCUUUGGUUUCUACGACUCUACGUGGAAGAGAGAGGGCCAAGCUCUCGGUGCCUGCGCCGGUCUCGGUGCUUUGAUCUGGGUUCUUUCCAUUGUGCACUUGGUCUUCUUCAUCCGUGCCUCCCUGGCAGAUCCUGAGGGGUCUGGCCCGGCCCCUGGCACUGCCGGCCAAGCUGAGCUUGGCCAGGUCAAGCCUGAGCAGCAGUACCCCGCACAGCAGACCUAUCCUGUCCAGCAGACUCAAUAGAUGCGCUUCAUGCAAGUGAAGCUGCACGUUGGUCUGUGAGGGUGGUGAAGGAAAUUGAGUCGUUGUCGUCACGCCAGAUGAGAGGUAGCAGUCGGGGACGGGGAAUGAGUUUGAUGUUUUGUUUUAUUGUUCAUGAUACCAGGUGGCAAGCGAUGGGCUAUAAUGGAGUUGGAUAUUCACUGGAUGGGAGUUGCUUUCCUUAUUUUGACUUGGAUGGCGACGGAGUGAGGCACAGAUACCCCUAUGGAUGAAACUGAUUAUGGAGUGAAGUUGAUUUGUGC